GCGUGGCGGCAGUUGCUUGGGCGGGGCCGGUAGCGGCGGGAGCUGCACUGGCCAGGGGUUCCGGCUGUAUUUCCAUGACCGCCGGCGGCAGCCGCGGAGCUGCGGGAGCGCGACCGGGGGCGAGCUGGGCCGCUGUAGUCAACCAAGCGCAGCUUUUAGGUUAAAUCGAAUAAGAGAUCUGACCUGACCGGCCCAGCUGUUCAACUCUUCUUCAAGAUCAAUUUGUAUUCGCAGCAGAGAGGAACUGGUGACAUAGAUCAAGAUGAAUGCCAUGAUGGAGACCUCCGAGCUCCCGGCUGUAUUUGACGGGGUGAAGCUGGCCGCGGUGGCUGCCGUGCUGUACGUGAUCGUCCGGUGUUUGAACCUAAAGAGCCCCACAGCUCCGCCCGACCUCUACUUCCAGGACUCAGGGCUCUCGCGCUUCCUGCUCAAGUCCUGUCCUCUCCUGACCAAAGAAUACAUCCCACCAUUGAUCUGGGGGAAAAGUGGACACAUCCAAACGGCCUUGUAUGGGAAGAUGGGAAGGGUGAGGUCGCCACACCCGUAUGGGCACCGGAAGUUCAUCACCAUGUCUGAUGGAGCCACUUCGACCUUUGACCUCUUCGAGCCCUUGGCUGAGCACUGUGUGGGAGAUGACAUUACCAUGGUCAUCUGCCCUGGAAUUGCCAAUCACAGCGAGAAGCAGUACAUCCGCACCUUUGUCGACUAUGCCCAGAAAAAUGGCUAUCGGUGCGCUGUGCUGAACCACCUGGGCGCCUUACCCAAUAUUGAACUGACCUCGCCACGCAUGUUCACCUACGGCUGCACCUGGGAAUUUGGAGCCAUGGUAAACUACAUCAAAAAGACAUAUCCCCUGACCCAGCUGGUGGUCGUGGGCUUCAGCUUGGGCGGUAACAUUGUGUGUAAAUACUUGGGGGAGACCCAGGCCAACCAAGAAAAGGUUCUGUGCUGCGUCAGCGUGUGCCAGGGCUACAGUGCACUGAGGGCCCAGGAGACCUUCAUGCAGUGGGACCAGUGCCGGCGCUUCUACAACUUCCUCAUGGCCGACAACAUGAAGAAGAUUAUUCUCUCGCACCGGCAAGCUCUUUUUGGAGACCAUGUGAAGAAACCCCAGAGCCUGGAGGACACGGACUUGAGCCGCCUCUACACAGCCACAUCUCUGAUGCAGAUUGACGACAACGUGAUGAGGAAGUUUCACGGCUACAACUCCCUGAAGGAAUAUUACGAGGAAGAAAGCUGCAUGAGAUACCUGCACAGGAUUUACGUACCUCUCAUGCUGGUGAAUGCAGCCGAUGACCCCUUAGUGCACGAAAGUCUUCUAGCCAUUCCAAAAUCUCUUUCAGAGAAACGGGAGAACGUCAUGUUUGUGCUGCCCCUGCACGGGGGCCACCUGGGCUUCUUUGAGGGCUCCGUGCUGUUCCCCGAGCCCCUGACGUGGAUGGAUAAGCUGGUGGUGGAGUACGCCAACGCCAUCUGCCAGUGGGAACGCAACAAGUCGCAAUGCUCUGACACGGAGCUGGUGGAGGCUGACCUGGAGUGAGGUGCCCCCCGGACUCUGGCGUGCUCCAGCCGCCCUCCUCUGGAACUCUCAUCCCUCACCGGCUGUUUUCAGGUCUCCCAUCUCCCUUAGCGACCUGGAUCUGACCUCACACCAUCAACGGGGACCACCCACUAGGCACACACUCGACCUGAAGUGGGUGGCGGUCCCUGGGAGCUCCAGGCUAUUUUUGUGCUUAGUUACUGGUUUUGUCCAUUGCAUUUGUUAGCCAUGGUGACAAGCGACAGGGUUCUCACCCUGCUGUCCGGUGUCAGCAUCGGAUUGCUUUCAAGCCAAUUACAUCUAGUUUCCCUAUUAAAAAGCGUGUCUGAACAGCAGUUUUGCUUUGCCCAUCAGAUUUCCCCAAGAGCAGGGAAGGAUGGAUGUUGCGCUGUGGCGGUUGCGUGUGUCCUGGGCGUAGACCCUAGACAGAGCCCGUGCUGUGGCUUCAGUUCCGCUCGGGGCCCCCUGCUGCGAGUGUGGCCUCUUACGUGACAAAACUCCCUCCAGUCAGAAGCCAAGUUUCUCUCUUACGCAUUCCUGACGAUGAGAGUUACCUGGGGCGCUUAUUACAAAUUCAGCCUCCCACGUCCCUCCCCUUGGAGGUGUUUCUGUGGGGCUGGGAAGGGGCCUGGGAUUUUAAUUUUUGACAAGUGCCCCAGGUGAUCCUUAUCACCAGGCAAAUUCGAGAAACCCAAUGGUGCGGAGCCUGUAAAUUAGAAACGUCUUGGUAGCUCACGGUAUCUCGUAGCUCCCAGGAGCCUCUGAAGCAGCAGUGCCUGUCGCGUGCACCUGCCCUGAUGUGACAGCCAUGAGCAGUUUCAGCACGGGCCUGGGCUGGUGGUGGAGACUUCAGGCCUGCCUCUGCCUCUCACUGGCUAUAUGACCCUGGACAAGUCCCUUUGAACUUUUCUUUCUUCACCUGUAAAAUGCAGGAGCGGCUGGACCAGGCAGAUUGCCGAGAUCACUACCAGUUCUAAAGUUCAAUGACAAACUCAGUUUACUGAGGUUUGAGAGAACUUCUCUCCAGGGGAGCCCGGGAGCUGUUCUAAGCAUGUCGAUAUCAUCAUUUGCCUUUCUUUUUUUUCUUUUUCCUGUCCCUCACUUCAUAUAAAGUGGUUUGUUUUUGUUUUUUAAAGUACUCAUUUUAUUUUUUUAACCCAGUUCUCUCUAACUCUGGCUUUUGAUACCAAACAGUUCAAAGGUUGGAUCUGAGUUUGGAGAAAUCGAUUUUCAACUGAAGAGGGUGUGAUUUUGGAAACCGGAUUUUUAGUUGAAUAACUUAUGUCUAUAGGCUAUUGGAUAGGUCUUUCCAGAGUGUGUCUUCUCAAAUGAAAAGCCCACGCUGUGUUUCAAGUACUCCUUUCCUCCAAUCCUGUGGUACUUGAAUAUCUAAAAACCCUGCACUUUGAAAUAAUCAGCAGUUGCUAUCUGGAACUGAACAGAAUUAUGAGUGAAAUGACCUAGAUACUUAAAAAAAAAUUAUUUUUUCCCCUGCUUCUACUUUGCUCUAGGACAGACAGGAAUAUUAAUAGUGGAUCUGUGUGCGGAUAUUUAAGGGGUAAAGGGAGCCAUAUGAGGGCCUGGGUGCAGACUCUCUGUCACAGGUGGUUGUAGUUUGGGCAUCGGUCCUAGUCACGUGAGUCAUGUGUUGUUUUCUGACAAUCACCAGGUUAUCCUAAAUGGUAACAUCAAAGACCACUGUUAUCUGAAGAGACUGAGGCUUCUCUGGUCUCGACUUGGCUUUGGUUUCUCUCUCUCUCUCACACACACACACACAAAUUCAUCAUCAUGACUUUCCCCCCAGGUUGUUAUUUUUCAAGUGCAUAUCUCGUUCACGUGCUUUUAGCACAGAUCGGCACUUUAUCUUCUGCCCCUCGAUUUGGAAGCUCGUCUCUUCCCCCUCUGUUAAUUUUUCCUCCAACCCGCAACCACAGCUGUAAUCGAGAAAAUUCACAGUCAUAUUUCCUGCUCCUACCUUCCUGUCUCAAGACUUUUUGUGAAAUCAGAUAAACGAAGCAAUAACCUAACGGGGCUGAAUCACCAUCCCAGGAAGCAAGAGGCUCCUUUUCACUUGCCUUAGGACACAUCCCUUGAUCUGUUUCAACUAUAUAGCAGCCAGGUACCAGCUCCAUUCAGGAGGAGAAAACAGUCUGGUUGUCACACACUUGGCGGAGACAGGGACAGGAGUCCCUGGAGCCUGGUGUGCCCGGCAGUUCUGUUGACCCACGGAGGAGAGGCAGGGCUCAGAGCAUUCCCUUUGUUGCUGGACAACCGGAUUUUACCCCACAGGACCGUGGGGCGCCGUGCACAGCUGAAGUCUUUUUAGCGUGUGACUCUGAAUGGCACUUUUUAGCUCACAUGAAAUCAACUGAGGCCCUUUGUUGGAGCUUCAGGCUCUCAUGCAUGGAAAUGAGAGUGUAACUGUGGCCGUCUUACAGGAAAAUUCUUGUUUGUUUCUGAAUGGGAGCACAGAGGCAUUCAAGCCUAAUAAACAAGGGAGCAGCACUUUAUAUGUCGGUCAGCUUUUUCCUCCCUCCCGCUUGCCUGGCUUUUCUGUUCAUUUCUGAUGAUAAUGUGGUGGCUCUUCUUGCUCCUGAGGAACUCUUGGGGUUAACACAAGGCUGAAUUUUCAGAGUGUUUGCAUAUUAUAUUUUAACAUCAGGUUAAGGACAUAAAUUGCAAUGGCCUAGAUAAUUCUGUUGCUGGAAGAACAUGUUAAAAAACCAAACAGGCUUCUAGCAACAUUUUUCCAAGUUUUUCUCCCUGCCUCUGUAAACAGUUUUGAGGACAACAGUGAGUAGCUGAUCCCAGUCAAGUAAGGAUUGUGCAUGUUCAGUCACUCAGUCCUGUCUGACUCUCUUCGACCCAAUGGACUAUAGCCCGCCAGGCUCCUCUGUCCAUGGGAUUUCCCAGGCAAGAAUACUGGAGUGGGUUGCCAUUUCCUCCUCCAUGGGAUCUUUCUGACCCAGGAUCAAGACCUCGUCUCCUGUGUCUCUUGCAUUGGCAGGUGAAGUCUCUACCACUGAGCCACCUGGGAAGCCCAAGUUAGGAUUAUCUGACUUGAAAAAUGGUCUCAAGUCUUCUUGAUGCACUUAUAUCAGUAGCGAGUUUAACAGUCUUAAAGAAAACCUCUUACCUUCUCUGAUGUGAGUCUGUACCAAUGAUUCCAGGGCAGAAUGAAGACAGAAAGUUAUUUGUUGUCACUGUAUUCCUUGAACCUCCUGCAAGCAUUUCCCACAUACCUUAGAAUGGGAAUAUACCUGCCAGAGGAGCAUCCUCUCCUGACUUGGUGUUAAUGUAACCAGGGUCCUGGACACUUGGAUUCUUCUCCUGUCUAAAUCACACUGGUCUGUGGGCAACCUCUUCCCCUCUCUAAGCCUUGGUUACCUCACCUUAGACCAUCUCCAAGUCCACUUCACCUGUUUACACAUCCUUUGCCAGAACAUUCCCAACUGGCCUUCUACAGCCCUUGUAAGUGGACACAGAUAAGUCAAGGCUUCGGGCUUGUCUUGAGGGGACUUGGAGAGAGAGAGUGAGCUACUGCAUUCAGCCUUUGCUGGUGAAGAACCUUGAUUUUGCCCCAAGCCCCGUGUCCCUAACUAGCUUCUCUUCAGAGCCUCCAUUGUCCUCCCAGUAGCCUUUCUGUGCCGAGGGCGGUCUCAUGACGGGGACAAGUGCUGACCAUUGGAACAAAGCGAAUAUCCCCUUCAUUCUGUGAGACUUGGGCAAGCCUUGACCGUUCCCAGGGCAGGAAUCCUUCCUGCUCAGACUUCCAUUCUCAAACUGCAGCCUUCAUUAGAGCUGAGAUUUCUGGAUAGUUGAGUUUGUCUGUCUGGCAUCUGAAUGAGAGCUCUCUUUGUCACUGUGUGGCUCAUGAUCCAUUUUGCCAGCGCCUGGGAAACAAUACACGUGUUCUUGUUUGUGUUUGCCAGGCUAGCAGAUGUCUGAGCUCUGAAGGGCUUUUCUUUUCCCAUGGCACUGAUUCUGACUUAGCACUGAAGAUCACUGAAACAUCACCUUGAGUUCAAAGAACUCUGGUCUUUGUCCUCUGAGGUAGGACAGGAGAGUUAUCAUAUUAAGCAUUUUGCUGCAGCGUCCACUCACAAUAUCAGCUGGAAUCAUUUUUCUUUGCCCAGAAAGCCUUAACUUGCCUCUAGAAUAUCCCCUGGUAGGACAAAGCUAUUUGGCUGCAGAAUUGAAAUUCUCCUGCUGUAUUAGUCUGCAACAAAGCCACAGCAAAACCAGAGAAUGUUACAUUAGGCACCUCCCACCCCUUGACAAUUAAGAGCAGUCUGGAACUGGCCAAACACCUGAUGUCUCUGAUGUCUUUCUUCCUUCUUGGCCUCAUUCUGUAGUUCAAAGACUACUUGGAUACUUCCAAAAGCCAUGAAAAGUGGCAAAAGCCUGCGUGUGGCAUUUAGUGGCCAAGCAAUUGAGGGAAAGGUGUUCUUCUCCGCAUGUUAUCAAAGCAGAGGAAAGUGUCCCCCAUCCCACCCUGCCCCCGCGAAUUCCCUGGUGGUCCACAUUAAGACUCCGCACUCCCAGUGCGAGGGGCAAGGUUCAGUCCCUGGUUGGGGAGCUAACAUCCUGCAUACUGCAAGCAUGGCCAAAAAAAUACAGAAGAAAAUAGCCACCACCAACCCCCUUCACAUACUAAGAUAGCUUUUGCCAAAUUGUAUUUGAAGGGGAGCAGGCAGUGAGAACUGGAAUGCUGUCCAAAACUAAAACUGCUUCCUCUUGUGUGUUCUCUGCUCCUGCUGCCUUGGCCGCUGUAGCCCAAGCACCCCCAGCCCCGCAAGUGGCCCUUAGAGGCAGGCUGCAGAGCCUGGCUCAGCGGCAGUUCUCAGACCCAAGGACAGUGGACAGCUGCCCCUUUUGAAGGAGCCAGCCCCUCCUUCCCAACACAUCAUGUUUUCUGAACCAUGUUUUCCCCAGCAUGUAUGUGGAUAAAAUUCAUCUAUCUCAAAUGAGUAAGCUGAAGUUAAUUUCGAACCGCUGGAUUGUCUUUUUAACUCAACUCCUGUCAAUUAGUAACAAAGCCUAUAACCUGCCUUCCCUCCCUCCUGGUGUCCCCAUUAGCCAAGAAAUCCAUUGCCGCAAGUUAGGGACUGACCACCUAUAUAGCACCUACAGAAGUACCCUUCAUUGCCGUGGGGCAUUCUCCUUCCAGGCCACCCACGUGCCGUGGCCAACAGUCCCCUAGCACGACGGCUGUGCCCGCAGUCCCAGCGCCAGUCACCUCCUUCCCGGGCUGUUUGUGGGGGGUGAGCCGAGUUCCCGGGCAGGCGUGGGAGCUAGGUUUCCUUUGGUUUUUGUUUUGGGCCUCUUUAGUCUUCCUAAAGCACAAGUCCUUGUAGACUCCUGUCCCCUCUUCUCCACACCGGUCUCAGACGAUCUGGGUCUUGCCCACCGCCUCAGGAAGACCUUCACUGUACCUGAGCUUCUGAUUUCUGCCACUGCAGCUGCCUUAGUGACACCAGGGGCUGGGGGGGUGGGGGGGGGGGGGGCCAGUUUGCAUCUCCCCUCUUUCCUGGUUAGACUCCCAUGAACCACUUUCUUUCUGUUGGCAAGAUGUGCUUCCAGGUUGAUUUUUGAGAACCAUCACUUACACAUUCCUAAAUUUCUGUUUUGUUUGAGUUUGGUUUCUUUGUUUGUUUUGUUGUUGUUGUUAAUUUUCUGAAACUUCAAAUGCUGCCCUGAAAAUAAUGUAUUUUUGAGUUUGUGUUCUGAAGGCCUUUGUGCUGCUGGAUUUGGGGGCGGGGGUGGGGGCAAGAUACAGGAUCCUCCAGCACUGAGGUGUUUAAGAUUUGCAACUAGCAAUGCAAUUUUUUCUAAAUAUGAGGAUAUUUACCUUUAUUAAGAAAUUAUACUAAACAGUGGUGUCCUUGAUCAUUUUAUGUUCUCAUAAAUUACUUUUGGUUCUGUUUUGAUUCUGUGUGGUGGUAAACAAAGAUCAUUACAAACAAAAGCUGUAAUUUUGUUAUCUUUGAUUCAAUGGAAUUUCUUUACUUAAAAAAAAUAAAUAAAAAAGACUAAAAAUGUGA